CCACUAUAGGCCUCAUCAUGAAUAUUAUCAGUGUAGUGCUUUUCGUUAUUGUUGUUUCGUUUGGCGGUUGUUUGUGCCGUCCCUCCAGUGAGGAUUUAAAGAAGUAUAGAAAACAUUCUUCGUAUGUAGGCCAUUUUACGUGCGGAACUUCUCUGCCGCGAUUAGUAAAAUCUUCAAUACUUCUAAAGAAUAUGACAAAUGUUUAUAAAAUAGAACCCGAAUAUACAGUGCUUUAUCAAUGCAACUGUAACGGGAUUUGCACACCCGGCCAAACCUGCAGAGGAAUCCCCGAAGAUGUAACAUUGUCUUUUAGAAUAAUGCUUAAUUAUAAUGAUAAUAAAUUUCAAUAUAUCAGUGCUCCGGCUCGUAAUGAGACUUUAUGUUAUUGUGAUACUGUUAAAGAAAAUACCAAUGAUUGCAUACUCAAUUAUAAUUUGUAAAAUUUUAUUUUUGAUAUUA